GUGACGUAUCGGAUGAGCGCAUGGCGGCAAUGGCGGCUUAAAAAGCCGUCCAAAGUGUUUCUGUAUAGUUUCUUGCUCGAUUUUGUCGCUACAGUUUUUGUUGAGUGUAAUAAAGUAUUAUUAGACGGUAUAUCUAUACGAGGCUUGAUAAUAUGAAUCGUUUGGAAGAUCCUCCCAGUCUCGUUAAGGGCAGGAAGCCAUCUUUUAUCGGAAUGAACGGGGGCCCUGAAACAGAGGAUCAGCAACGUUUACGUUUUCAAGUUGAGCUGGAGUUUGUCCAAUGCCUUGCAAAUCCAAACUACUUAAACUUUUUGGCACAGCGUGGUUAUUUCAAGGACUCUACAUUUAUAAAUUACCUGAAAUAUUUAUUAUACUGGAAGGAACCGGAGUACGCGAAGUACUUGAAAUAUCCAAUGUGUCUUUAUUUCUUGGAUCUCCUUCAGUAUGAACACUUCAGAAGGGAAGUUGUUAACUCGCAAUGUACAAAAUUCAUUGACGACCAACAAAUUUUGCUCUGGCAACAUUACACACGACGCCGAACGAGACUUCUUCAAACAGCUGCAGAACAAACUCAACCCAACAAUCCGCAAAACAAUGGUAUGGUGCAGCCAAAGGUACCUUAAAGACUGUGAAAUAUUGUAUACCUACAAUAAUAAGUUCUACGAAGAUAAUUGUUAUUUUAUACUGAGGUGUAAAUUUUAUUUUCCUUUAAAGCAAUGCACUUUAGAUUCAACAUACGUUGCAAAUAAAAUGCUUUUUUAUAUUUAUUA